UACAUAAUAUUGUGUGGUCGGAGGAAGAAACCAAAACGAAAAGUCAUGUUUGUAUCUUUCUACCAUGAGUCUUGUGGGGAUCAAACUCACCAUUAGUCUGAAGAAAUUUCUUUCUGGAUAUAUAUUUGGUGAAACUCUCUAACUUUUAACUCACUUUAGUCUCUCUUUACCUUUUCUUACAUAUAAAGCAGGGUUGGUGAAAUCUGAAAGGAAUCCUAUUUCGUUGGAGUUUGUUGCAUCUUUUUCUUGCAUCUAAAGCUAUGAAUUUCAAUCAAAAAGCUCAUCCGGAUUGCGUAUAUUCAGACAAUCCUUUCCAUGAAUGUGCUUCAGCUUGUUUAGAGAAAAUUGCUCAAGGCCAUGUCAAGAAGAAGACUAAGAAGCAAGGUUUAAAGACUCUUAGUUUCUCAGGGAGUUUUGGUAGGAAAAAGAAGGAAUCAUAUCCACAACCACUUUCACCGUUAUCUGCAAGGCCAUAUCAAAACGGUGGAGGCAGUUUUGGAAACGCUAAUUUUCCCAAGGUUCACCAUGCAGUUGCUGCACCUGUAGCUGUGAAGAACAAGACAGUUUCUGAUACGAAUAAGUCUUUCUCCUCUUCAUCAUCUGAUGAUUUCUUUAAGCAUAAACCGGAGAAAAAACUCUCUCAAAUCAUUCCUCUUUCCCCCCAAAAAAUGCAUCCUUUGAAGGUUGAUACAAGCAAACCGGUAUCACCUAAACCGGGAAAACAAGAAGGGGAGAUUGAAGCAGGCGUUGAAACUACAUUAUUUAAUUUCCUAAAUUCUCCAAUACCGCAUGGAAAAGAGAGCAGUGAUGAUGAUGAAGAAGAAGAAAGCAACAAUGAGAUUGGAGUAGAGCUCGAUCUUGAGUCAGUAAUGUCUGACACUAUCGUCUCUGUCGGGAAAUACAGAGUGAGAUCGGGUUUGGCAGCAAUCCUGAAAGCUAUCAUCGAGAAACACGGAGACAUUGCUCAAAACUGUAAGCUGGAGUCGGGGUCAAUGCGGUCUCGUUACCUCGAGUGUUUAUGUUCGUUGAUGCAGGAACUGAAGUCAACCCCGGUCGGGAAGUUGACCAAAGUCAAAGUCAAAGAGAUGUUGGCAGUUCUCAGAGACUUGGAGUCAGUGAACAUCGAAGUGGCUUGGCUGCGUUUGGUUCUUGAGGAGUUUGCGCGGUCUCAAGAAGAUGUAGAGAGUGAAAAAGAGAGGCAAGAGAGUUUACUGAAGGCUAAGAGAGAAGAGCUUGAAGCUCAAGAAGCUGAUUUGGUUCGGAUGGAGGAGGAAGUGGCCGAGGCGAGGUUGCGGAUUGAGGAGACACGGGACCUGGUGGUCGAGAUGGAGAGUGAAUGGGUGAGGAUGGAGAAAAUGGGAUUCAAGAUUGAGAAAUUUAAAGGGAAAACGUUUAUAGAUGAGCUUCUGUGAGAUUGUAUUUGUGUGAUUGUGAUUUUGUUAAGGGUUUAAUAGUAAGUUGUAGCACAAAAUCUAAAGACUCUAAAAUGAGUUUUCGGUUUUCUAGAAGUAUAUGGGAAAAAAUGGUUUUAUUUUA